CACGAUAAAGCUUUGAUAAAGUUUUUUGGGCAUUCUAUAGAUAGAAAACACGCAACAGAAAAAAACGCGGGUGGCUAAUAAAUACGUGAUACUUUUUGCACUUUUUACGCUUUAGAGCGAAGACAAAUUGUGGCUAAAAAAAGCUUGAUAAGGGAACAGGGAUCUUUUACUUUGUUUGAGUUCGGGGAAAUAGAAAAGAAGAACAAUAACCACCCCUCCCCCUCCAUGCGGUUGCUUGUAAAACAUGUUCCUCUUCUUAACAAGGGGAUGCAUUUAGUGAAGGAUGUUUCCAUGGCUAUCAUUCAUCUCUAUGGGAAGUGGUAAAGAUAUUGUUACUGUAAACCAUUGUGUUGUUGACAGUGAACGUCUCUGGAAAAUUUACAUAGAAAAAGGAGGGGAAUCUGAUUUUUUCAGGGCACAAAAAAAGCAUCAAAAUUCCGGAGAAUGCAAAGACACAGCAGCGUCAAAGCAAAGAGUACAUGCUGUAUUACAGUGUAAUGAAAUGCAAUUUGGAAUCGCGUUGGUUAAUGCUGCCGAAAAGAUCUUUGCUAUUUUUAUGUUUGCUGCAGCAAAUAACAAUCAAAGACCCGCGGUUUUCGAACGAAACUAAUUCUAUUUACAUGCAUGUGUGAUUGAUAUCAUUCUUUCACCCAUUGUUACAGUAUAAGGUGUAAGAUAUCCAUAAAUUCUAGU